GGGGAUUCGUAGGUGUACUGUAUAAUUCCUAAGUUCGAAGAGUGAGAGAAGAGCGCAGUCGGCAAAGAGCGACGGAGAAAAGUAUAGAAGCGGGCUCGUUUAUACCAAAAGGUGGAUCGGGAAAUAGAGCAAACCGGCAACGAAACAAGAACAACCUACUAGGGUGGUCAAAUAAAAGCAAAUAGAAAUUCAGUUGCAGUUUUGUCCAAUGAAACAAGAAGAUAUUCUGGUGGUAUGUUGCUUUCGGGAGAUUUUUUUCUCCUCUCUCUGUCUCUCGUACUUCAAGUACAGGGUCAGUACAGUUGUACUUCAAUUCAUCCUUGACAAUGUAGGUACUAAAACCGAAUAGACUAAGCAAGACCAACUACAAGAUGCUGUGGAAUUCGCUUUCGUUCGAGAUCGAGGCUAGCGAGGAAGAGGAGGCCCACUGGAGAACACUCGAAGCCUGCGACCUAGGACGUGGUGGCUCCUCAAUUAGAAGACAUGGUGGCUCUUCAUUUGGAAGCUCAAUUAAGGCUACAAGAAAUCUCCCAUUUUCACAAGCAUCUUGGUCUUCCCGUUUUCUUCCAAGGGACGAAAAGGGGGCCCAGGAUGCUGCUGAAGAUGGAUUUCUCUCAGUUCUAAUUCCGGCAGUCCUGUAGUCGAUCAGGGAAGCUCUAGGAGUCUAGUGGGUGCCUGCUCGAAAGCAUCUCUUAUGAUGGUUUUCAGCAGUGGCUUGAUUUCAUCCCUCCUCGUUUUGGUGCAAAAGUAGAAGAGGCUCUUGUGUGUCCCUACCAUCAACAUGAUCGAGUCGGUCAUAAGCACGACUAGAAGAACCUCUUGUGUCUUGAUUUCAUCCCUCCUCGUUUUGGACCAAAUCUCUUCUAAACUACGAUGGAGUCGGUCCUGCAAGUCGCGGAGACGAGAUGAAACCGCAUCAGGACGACCAAUUAUGGCCACCUACUUACGUUUAACAGUUGUACUCCUCCUCACUUUUUGAGAUGCAUACUUUCACAACUACGACUCGUCAAAUGGAUGUUGAUCACAACUGUUGCUGAAGAUCUCAUCUUGUGUAAAUUGAUUCCCAAUCAUUUACCAAGACAGUGUAUAUGAUUAUCUAUUGAUAUUACUUCAAAAUGUUCAACAUCGAAUCUAAUCCGUCGACUUCUUCCUGAGGCUUAUUAUCAUGACUUUUGGUUUCGUCUCGCUCUCGUGACUCACUCAAUUUCUACAGCAAAAUACUGGCACUCCAGGUGAUGCUGACAAUUUGAAAGGGCGUUUUUCUAUCUUCAGUUUCACUGGCCUCGUCAUUCUCUAAUCUUUUCAAUCCGCUUUUUUUGAAAAAGAUUUUCACGGGAACGGCGGUUGUGGUCUACUUGAUGGCGGCUAUUGAGAUGCUUUACCUUUCAGCUCAUGCUAUGGAUUUCGACACGACAGGCGCAUUGCUACAAGAGGCUGAGGAGGAGUCGUUUUAAGAUUCAUGUCGAGGAUAUUAUAAGUUCCUAUAAUGAUCCUGUAAGUCAUUUCAAGAACUACAAUCAUGUCACGAUCAUAUCGAGAAUAUUAAGUUCUUAAUCCUGUAAGUUAUUUUAAGAACUACAAUCAUGAGAUUAAGUCUGGUAUUGAACAGUCCCGUCGACAGUUAUUCCGGAAUACACCUGGUCAUGGUGAGUUCUCAUACGCCUGAUCAAAUCUUGGUCUCUUUUGCGAGAGAUAUUUGGUCUCUUUUGCGAGAGAUAUUUGGUCUCUUUUGCGAGAGAUAUUUGGUCUCUUUUAGGCUCGAGAUCAACGUCCUCCCUGAGUAUUUAAAUGAUCCAUUCUUGCUGGAUCUUUGAAGCUCGUCCCUCUAACUGUUGCGCAAUUCUGUGUUGCAACUGCGACGUCAAAUCCGCAAGGCGGAAAAGAAAGUGAAGGGCAAGGAGAAGGGGGAGAACAAGAAAGAGAAGGAGGAGAAAGAAAAAGGCGAACAGGAUGGGAAAAAGAAGGAAAAGAAGGAAAAGGAGGACAAGGAGCAGGAGGAUGAGCAAGAUUAUGGCGAACAGGAAUAA